UGCUCUUUUUACCUCUGGGGGGGGAGGAAAGCAAGAUGGCGGAACUAGGGAAAAAGUAUUGCGUGUACUGCUUGGCUGAGGUCAGCUCGCUUCGUUUCCGCUGCACCGAAUGUACCGACAUCGAGCUUUGCCCCGAAUGCUUCUCAGCGGGCGCCGAGAUUGGCCCGCAUAGGCGCUGGCAUGGCUACCAGCUGGUAGAUGGUGGGCGUUUCACUCUCUGGGGUGCCGAGGCCGAGGGUGGCUGGAGCAGCCGCGAGGAGCAGCUCUUACUGGAUGCUAUCGAGCAAUUCGGCUUCGGCAACUGGGAAGAUAUGGCUACUCAUGUUGGAGCAUCACGAACACCUCAAGAAGUUAUGGAACACUAUGUGAGCAUGUAUAUACAUGGAAAUCUUGGAAAAGCCUGCAUUCCUGAUGUUAUUCCUAAUAGAGUGACUGAUCACACAUGCCCGAGUGGUGGUCCACUUUCUCCAAGCCUUACCAUGCCUCUGCCACCUUUAGAUAUAUCAGUGGCUGAACAACAACAGCUUGGAUACAUGCCACUUCGAGAUGAUUAUGAGAUUGAGUAUGAUCAAGAUGCUGAGACUCUAAUUAGUGGCCUUUCAGUUAAUUAUGAUGAUGAUGAUGUAGAAAUAGAAUUAAAAAGAGCUCAUGUGGAUAUGUAUGUAAGAAAACUGAAAGAGAGGCAGCGGCGAAAAAACAUUGCUCGUGACUACAACUUGGUUCCUGCAUUUUUAGGCAAGGAUAGGAGAGAUAAAGAAAAACCUUCAAAACGCAAAACUACAAAAGAAGAAAAGGAACUGAGGUUAAAAUUGAGAUCUCUUUAUCAGUUUAUGUCUUGCAAAGAAUUUGAUGAUUUCUUUGAAAAUCUGCACAAGGAAAAGGUGCUUCGAACAAAAAUAAGAGAACUCCAGCGUUAUCGCCGAAAUGGCAUAACAAAAAUGGAAGAGUCUGCAGAAUAUGAAGCAGCCAGACACAAACGAGAGAAAAGGAAAGAAAAUAAAAACAUUGGUACUUCUAAAAGAGGAAAGGAGGAGGGUAAAGAUGGAGAAUUCUCUGCAAUUGAAAAUCUUCCUGGCUUUGAACUGUUAUCUGACCGAGAGAAAGUACUUUGUAACUCUAUUAAUCUGAGUCCAGCACGCUAUGUGACAGUUAAAACUAUAAUUAUUAAAGAUCAUCUCCAAAAAAGGCAGGGCAUCCCCUCAAAAAGUCGCCUUCCUAGUUACUUGGAUAAGAUACUAAAAAAAAGGAUUUUGAAUUUUUUGACAGAAAGUGGUUGGAUAUCCAGGGAUGCUUCUUAAAUCUUGACUACUUUGAAAUAGCAUCAGUAUCAACAGAGGAACCAACAUUCGCCAUUGAUCUAGUUACCAGCUUUUUUUAAACAUCCAAGAUCUUGUAAAAAAACUCACUCAACAACUGGAUUUUUCUGUGAUGGAUCAUGUACGUGUUAGAUCUUAUUUUAUGAACCACUUUACAUAUUACCUUAAAACCACUCUGGGUGAAGUGGUUUGUUUUACCAGUGUAUCAGAAGUGAGAUGGGAAACUCUGACAAUACUUGCUGAACUCUACCUCUGCUGCACAAACUUGUAUUUUAGAUAUGAUACUGGUUUAAGGUUACUAUUCUUCACACAUUUACUUGGAAGUAUGCCCCACUACACUGAAUAGUAUUUAUUGUCAAGCAAAACCAUCAGAUAGGGCUGCUUAUGUGUCCUACUAAAUCUUGGAUAAUGAACAAAUUACUAUUUCAUAUUGGAAAUGUAUACAACAAGUUUGUUAUAUUUUUUUCACAAGCCAAGGCAUUCUGCUAUAUUGCCAUUAGAGCAGAGAAUGCAAAACUGAGUAAUAUAAAAUGGUUUAACACAGCACACCACAUCAUUAAAAUGAGCAGACUAGCUCCACAACCUAGCUUGCAUAGAAUCAUUGAAAAUGAUUUUCAGCAAAUAACAGGCAUUCCGAUUGUAAAACAUACUGGUGGUGAACUAACUGCUUUAAUGUAUAUACUAAUGUUCCACUUCUAUACAAUUUGAAAAAUGAAAGGAAGAAUCUUUGUGUGGUUUUAUUUAAAUAUAAGUAUCAACUGAAAAAUGGGAAUGAUAUGAGUUUAUGAGAAUAUAAUUGAUAUAUACCGACACAAGAUUCUUAAGCAACUGUACAUUGCUUGUGACUUGUGGUGUUCUUUAGGUUUACAAAUACAACACUUGCUUAAGCACACUUUCGCAGUCUUGGGCAAGAAUCCCCAAAUAGGAAACAUACAUAUUACCAGGCUACACAUGGAUAUAACAGGUGAUCACAAAGCAUGAUUAGUGUAUGAUGCUUUGUGUGCCUCAAGAUGUUUAGCCAUCUAUCCAGUUUACAAAAUGCAUCGAAUUGUAUUUUCUUUCCUGCUACUUUUUUCAACAUUGUAGCUGCAAGUCUUUACUUCCUUGGUGGACUUUAUAAUACCUGUGCUUCCCAUAUUCCCCUACAAACUACUUAAAAAGGAAAGAUGGACACUUUUUUUAUAUUCUUGGGUAUGAACAAUCUGAGUUAUACAUAGGCAAGAUUCUGAUAUCUAUGGAGAUUCUCAGUCAUCUAGGUUCUCCCAAAGAUCCUUUUUCAAGAGGCAACUGGACUUUCUGGUUUUUUCUUUGAAGAUGUUUUGCUUCUCAUCCAAGAAGCACUGAAGAAGUUUCUUGGAUGAGAAGUAAAACGUCUUCAAAGAAAAAACCAGACAGUCCAGUUGCCUCUUGAAAAAAGCACCUUUGGGACAAGAUUCUGAAAAAAUAU